AUGUUCCUUCCCAAUGACACCCAGUUUCAUCCUUCUUCCUUCUUAUUGCUGGGAAUCCCAGGACUAGAAACACUUCACAUCUGGAUCGGCUUUCCCUUUUGUGCUGUGUACAUGGUUGCACUCACAGGAAACUUUACUAUUCUCUUGGCAAUCAAGACUGACAGCAGCUUACAUCAACCCAUGUUCUACUUCUUGGCCCUUUUGGCUACCAUUGACUUGGGCCUCUCAACAGCUACCAUCCCUAAAAUGCUUGGGAUCUUCUGGUUUAGCUUCAGAGAGAUCACCUUUGAAGCCUGCCUCACCCAGAUGUUUUUCAUCCACAACUUCACUGGCAUGGAGUCAGCAGUCCUCCUGGCAAUGGCAUAUGACCGUUAUGUGGCCAUCUGCAACCCACUCAGAUAUAGCACCAUCUUCACCAACAAGGUUGUUUCUGUGAUCGGUCUUGGUGUGGUAGUGAGGUCAUUUAUUUCUGUUAUUCCAUUCGUAUUCCUCAUUUUGAGAUUGCCCUUCUGUGGGAAUUAUGUCAUUCCCCACACAUACUGUGAGCAUAUGGGUCUUGCUCGUCUGUCUUGUGCCAGUAUCAAGAUCAAUAUCAUCUAUGGCUUGGGUGCUAUUUCAAUCCUAGUGUUUGACAUUAUAGCCAUUGCUCUUUCUUACAUCCAGAUACUUUGUGCUGUUUUCCGUCUUCCUUCUCGUGAAGCCCGACUCAAGUCCCUCAGCACAUGUGGUUCCCACGUUUGUGUAAUCCUUGCCUUCUAUACACCAGCCCUCUUUUCCUUUAUGACACAUUGCUUUGACCGAAAUGUGCCCCGCUAUAUACAUAUACUUAUGGCCAAUCUUUAUGUUGUAGUGCCACCAAUGCUCAAUCCUAUCAUAUACGGAGUCAGAACCAAGCAGAUCUAUGACCGUGUGAAGAAAAUAUUAUUACAAAAAUAA